CGAAGGGAACGGACACAGUACCUCCAGCGCUACAGAUAUACCUGAGGAUUAAAUAUGGGCGGGUGGAAUUCCAAGCAUAAGAAAGGCGAAACGCCGGCUAAAAAAUCGAUCCAGCCGGAACCAAAGUCUGAAACUACACCGGCAACGACCGUUCCAACGAAAGAUGACAGUAAAUUGGUGCCUGAGUGGAUAAAUAAAUCACUCUUUGAGGAGCUACUUGUUGCUAAUGUGCCGCAAUAUUCAAAAAUCUUGGAUUUUCGGGCGAAACCCGCCAUGGCCCCUGGUGAGAACUACGCCACACUUAUGCUAAGGAUCACCAUCGAGGUAGAACUCACAGACAAGAGCUCUAAGACAGUCUCCUUUAUGAUGAAGGUGCAACACAAAACCCCCCAAAUGGAGCAAAUGUUGGCUAUGGCCAACUUCUUCAAAACGGAGACCUCCGCAUAUAUUGACUUUUUACCUAAAAUGGAAAAUCUGUACAAGUCAAAGGGUAUGGACAUCACAUUUGGACCAAGAGCUUUCACAUUGGACACGACGAAGGAGCCGAAUGCAGCCAACAUUGUCCUGAUGGACGAUCUGGGUCAGGCUGGUUUCAAAAACCUUAAUCGAUUGGAGUGUCUUAACUUCGAACAGGCAAAGUUCGCCAUUAAAAAACUGGCCCAGUUCCACGCAGCUGGUGCUAUGAUGGUUCAGGUACAUGGACCUUAUCCCGAUAUAUUCGUAUAUGGCGUACUGGGGAAAAACCCGGAAAUGAUAAAAGGAUUUGUGGAGGGAAUGUUGGGACCAUUCCGAACAGCAUUCUUGGCUAAUCUUGACAAGUUUAAGGAUUGUGAGAAGUAUCGCAGCAAGCUGGAUGCAGCUCUGGCCAAUCUCACUGCGGAGUUUAUGAAACUUGGGGAAAUAGAUCCCUCUGGGUUCAAUGUCCUGGGACAUGGAGACUGCUGGAUGAAUAAUUUGUUGUUCAAAGUGGACUCCAAGGGUGAAAUGGAAGACAUGGUAUUCGUAGAUUUCCAGAACCCGAAAUACGGCACUCCUCUCAUGGAUCUGGUGUACUUUAUAAUUACCUCGGUCCACAUCGACUACAAAUUGGAAUGUUUCGACUACUUUGUCAGGCACUACCACGAACAGCUUACCAGGCACCUGGACUUCCUGGGUUUCAGUGGCCGGCAGCCCACCUUGAGGGAGCUCCACAGCGAGGUGAUAAAGUUCGGCAGUUGGUGCCUCUUCCCAGCCAUCGCUGUGUUGCCCCUCGUGCUCCUGGAUCCAAGUGAGUCGGCGACGUUUGAUAACUUCAUGGGCGAAUCGGAAGCCGGAAGGGAGUUUAAAAACCUCAUAUACUCAAACAAGAGAUAUCAUCCAUAUAUUGAAAAGAUCCUGCCUUGGCUGGAAAAUAAGGGUUUCUUGGAAGUUAGUCCAACUCCAAAUCCGCCUACAAGUCCGGCCGAUAUUUCCACCGAAAAUCCUCAACAAAUUCUGGACUGGCUCAAUGUAAAUGAUUUCCAGGAGAUCUUAGCCGCAAUGGAACCCAACUUUGAGAAGAUUGUAGGUGGGUCUUGGGCGUCAGCAACAAAGCCAGGCGACAACUUCGCCUCAAAGUUGCUUAAAGUGGAUAUUGAGGCCCAACUUAAAGAUAAUACCAAGAAAUCAUUUUCAUUCAUCGUGAAAGUCCACAUAUCCCAUGGAGGAGUCGACUUUGCCGUCUUUAACCUAUUCCCCAAGGAGAUAGAGGUCUACAGUAAAUAUGUGCCUGGCUUUGAGAAACUUUACCAGGAAGCCGGCGCGCCAGUUACAUUCAGCCCCAAGUCCUUCAGGCUGAAAAAGGAAAUCCCAGAAGAGUAUCUGAUUUUGGAGAACCUUCAGAGCAGUGGCUUUAAGAUGUGCGACCGCACCCAAGGACUGGACUUGGAGCACACAAAGUCAGUACUUAAGAAACUGGCCCAGUGGCAUGCCGCCUCGCUCAAGUACAAGGAACUCAAUGGAGCCUAUCCCGCCAAAUACGACAAUGGCAUAUACUCGGAAGAAUCGGCGCCAGUCUUCAAGGGAAUGUUUGCAUUAACUGCCAAUAAUUGUUUGGCUCAUUUGGCCAAGUUUGAUGGAGCCGAGGAGUAUGUGCAUAAAUUGUCACCGAUUUUGGAAACUGCCGUAGAAAAACUGAUUGAGGAUUCAAAAAUUAAUGACAAGGAGUUCAAUGUACUCAACCAUGGCGAUAGUUGGAUCAACAACAUCAUGUUCCAGUACGACGGCGAGGGUCAACUAAAGGAGACCUUCUUGCUGGACCACCAAGUCACAAAAUACGGAAACCCUGCCCAGGACCUUUACUACUUCAUUAUGUCCUCCACACAGCUGGAAAUUAAGGUCGAUCAGUUCGACUCACUCAUUAACUGGUAUCAUCAGAACCUUGUGGAAAACACCAAGCUAUUGAAGUACUCUGGUUUUGUUCCUAGUCUGAAGGAACUUCACACUAUAUUGUUGGAUCACCCCGCGUAUGGUGUUUUCACCGUACUCAGCACCAUGCCCAUGUGCCUGAACAAGACCGAUGAAAACUUCACCACCGAAAGCUUCUUCCAAAUGAAUGAGGAAGGCGAUGCUCUGAGAGCAGUCCUAUACGGCAACGAGCGUUUCAAGGCCCACAUUGAACGGAUUAUGCCCUGGCUCAAUAGGCGAGGAUUGCUGGAUUCCUUCGUGCAAUGAAAUAAU